GACUUUGAAUCUGGCAACAUUUUUGUGUGGUCAGUGGUCAGUUAUUUAUUUACUUUUUAUAAAAGAUUUCUCCGUGUAGAAGAGUUCACCGGUACAUUAAAUGCUGCUUAAUUGAUAAUUGUUCUUUAUUAAUUUUCAUUAAUUGAUAGUUGUUUUUUAAGAGUAAUUGCUCUUUCUUCUUGUAACUUUUAAUUUAGCGCAAUUGUUUGUGUUAAAUUUUUUUUUGGAAAAUUUCCUUUCAAAAGUUUUUUUCUGUCUUUAAAUAUUAAAUUAAUUAAUUUUUCUGGACUGAUUAAUGUUAAAAAUCUGUUCUUUAUUGUCAAGGCAAGUUGUCAGUUGUGGUUCUAAAAGAUACCAGCCAUUGAAGUUGUCUGCCUUUUUAUCAAGUGUCACUAUGGGACCCAAAUUAAAAAUUGGAACGCACAAUGGAACAUUUCAUUGUGAUGAAGUUUUAGCUUGUACUAUGUUGAAAUAUGCUAAAGAUGAAUUUAAGAAUGCUGAAGUUGUAAGGACACGAAACAUGGAUAUUUUAAAUGAGUGUGAUGUAGUUGUUGAUGUAGGAGGGGUUUAUGAACCUAGCGCUCAUCGAUAUGAUCAUCAUCAAAAGUCAUUCUCAGAAACAAUGAAUUCUUUGAGCAAUAACUAUCCAUGGACCAUCAAACUCAGCAGUGCAGGAUUAGUCUAUUAUCAUUUUGGACAUCAGAUCAUUUCUAGAAUAUUAAACUUGGCAGCUGAUUCAGAGGAAGUUAAAGUUAUAUUUAACAAGUUGUAUGAAAACCUGAUUCAAGAAGUUGAUGCAAUAGAUAAUGGCAUAGAUGCUUGCAAAACGACAGAUGUUGUUUAUAAAGUUCACACCCAUUUAAGUGCAAGAAUUAAACAUUUGAAUCCACCUUGGAAUGAAAAAAAUCAGGAUGAAACUAAAUGUUUUAAGAAGGCUUGUGAAUUAGCUGAACAAGAAUUUUUAGAUAGAGUAAACUUUUAUGGCAAAAUUUGGUUACCAGCAAGAGAAAUAGUAAAGGAAGCUAUUAAAAAUAGACACUCUGUUCAUCCAAGUGGUGAAAUUAUGGAAUUUGAAAAUGGUGGUUGUCCGUGGAAAGAGCAUCUUUAUGAUCUUGAGACAUCAAUGAAAAUUGAGCCACCCAUUAAAUUUGUAAUUUAUACUGACACUAAUGGAUUAUGGAGAGUUCAAUGUGUUUCAGUGUCUCUUUUUUCUUUUGAAAACAGGGUAUCCCUACAUGAAGAUUGGAGAGGCCUUCGUGAUGAAGAACUAAGUAAAGUUAGUGGUAUCGAUGGUUGCACUUUUGUGCAUAUGUCAGGAUUCAUUGGUGGUUGUAAAACAAGAGAAGGAGCAAUUAAUAUGGCUUUAAAAUCUCUAGGAAUAUAAAAAAAAAUUUUUAUGUGUAUUUUAUACAUGAAGAAUUUGAAAAGCAAACUUUGUUUUUAAAAAACAAACAUUAAUUUUCCAAUCAUUUGUUUUGUUUAGCAAUAAAACUUUUUCAAAAAUAACAAUUGUAUUUAUAACAUUCUAAUAUUACAUUUAUUAAAAUAUUAGUUAAAGAUAUGCAUUUUAAAAUGUAUUUCAGAUUAUUUAAAUUAUUUAGUUAGAUUGAUUUUUGUAACAUAAAUUUAAUGGUGCAUAUAUUUUCCCUUUUAAACAAAAUCAAGAAUAUUUUCAUCAGAUGUAAAAAGAAAAACUUCUAGAAGCCAGGAAGGUAUUAUAUGCUAGUGCCUCAUAAAAUAAAUAAAAAGUAUAAAAUAAUAAACACUGGGGCAAUUUUUUUACUUUAUUUAAUUCAACUAAUAAUAAUUUUACAUUGUGCAAUUAUUUUACUCCAACUUUAAAUGUUGAAACACUUUUAUUUGGGACAGAAAUAAAUUCAUAUAGCUUGUGAUUAAAUUGAUUGUGUAAAAAUUCUUUAUAAAAGUAGCUAUAAAAGAAUAGACUGAAAAAUUUAGAAUUAAAAAUGAAUAACAGAUAAAUAAAGCAAAGCAAUGAUCUAAAAUAGUUUAUUUAUAAUAUAGCUACAACUACAGGUCUUAUUUGUUUUCUGUUGAUUUGUCUUUCCAUAAAUGGCUGUAGCGGUUUAUAUCAAAGUCAUCUUCAAAUUGUUCCUCUAUAACUACUUUCUUUAUUCCCUUUCUUCUAUUUAAAUGUAUAUGCAAUUCUUCAGCUGUUAACUUACUUGUAUCCAUUGGCAACUACAAUAAAUAACGUUACAUUAUGUAAAAUAUUAAAACA